AUGGGAACCUCCAGGGUGAAGGUAUGGGCUGUGUCUCUCAGCACUGUGUUCCUGCUGUGUGCUCAUCAUGCACAGGCACAGCAAGAGUAUACUGGCUUCCUCUCAGGUGAACAUAUGUAUGAAGGCUCAUUAGUGGACCGAUAUGAUGAACAUUCCGGAGACCCCCAUCGUGUUGACUAUCCACAAGAAUCCAGACGCGGUGAUGAAGAUGAGCAUUCAGCGUCUGGCUUCGAUCCCCGUGCACCAGAUGUCACCAUGAUCACAGAAGAGACCUUCCCCUAUGCCACAAACGUGGAGUCGUUUGAUUACGCCAAAGAGGAUAAAACCUUGAUGACUGAGGUUCCAUAUGGAGGUGAUGCUGAGCUGGGCCAGGAAGGACCCACCGAAUGCGACUGUGAACCAGGAGAGCCUGGAUUUGCGGGCUUUGCAGGGCCCAAGGGUUCCAGGGGUCUCCAAGGCAAGCAGGGGUUCCCUGGGGCUCAAGGAAGAGAGGGUUACAAAGGUACCAAAGGAGUGAGAGGAAGAGGAGGAGACACUGGUCCUGUCGGUGACGCUGGGCCUGAUGGAGAAGAUGGUGAAUCUGGUUUCUUUGGUGCAAUUGGCCUUCCUGGAAUUCCCGGUGACCCAGGUGAAACUGGCCUUACUGGAUCUAAGGGUGGUUUCGGAAUGGAAGGUCCACGUGGAGGAGUGGGGAACACAGGAAAGACUGGUUCUGUUGGCCCAAAAGGAAAAUCAGGAAAACCAGGAGUUAAAGGUGUAAAGGGUUCUGUUGGAAAAACAGGAAAACAGGGUCCAGAGGGCCGACAGGGACAAAAGGGUAGGACAGGAGCACCUGGGUUCUCAGGGGACCACGGAGAGCAGGGCUACUUGGGCUAUCCGGGUGUUCCCGGAGACAGAGGUCUGCUGGGACCCAAGGGUGCUACAGGUACAGGUGGGUUGCCAGGAAGUGACGGGGAGCCUGGAGAGGAUGGUCCUUUGGGUGUUCCUGGAGUCGUUGGUGUGCCUGGGCCUUUUGGAGCUAAGGGUUUGAAAGGUGAUCGGGGUGUUAGGGGACUUCCUGGAAGAGUCGGCUCUGUGGGUCCUCAGGGAGACACAGGGGAUGCAGGAGUUCCGGGGAAACAUGGACCCAAGGGUCUGCCAGGGCCGACAGGUGCCAAAGGGGAAACAGGACCAGAUGGUGAGAAGGGGGGAACAGGAAGAAAAGGAGUAAAAGGCGCUAAAGGAGAAAAGGCGGAGGCUGGUUCUCGUGGUGAUAAAGGGCAGCUUGGAGUAAAAGGUCGUUUUGGCACAGAUGGUCCAGUUGGUCCAAUUGGGCCUCCAGGACUUCCAGGUCUCAGAGGAGAUGGAGGCCCAAUGGGAGACCAGGGGGUGAAAGGACAAAGCGGCCCCAAAGGACAGCCAGGUGAACCUGGUCCAGGGCUUACGGAUGAACAGAUACUACAACUGUGUCAAGGUGUGGUCACUGCUCAGAUCUCCCAGUAUGCUGUGUCAAUACGGAGCAAAUGUGCACAGGGCUGUCCGAUCAACAAUCGCACCCUCAUUGGGCCCCCUGGAGUCACAGGACCCUCUGGAGAGACAGGCAAACCUGGUAGACCAGGCAAAGCAGGAGCUAAAGGAGAAAGAGGCCCUCCGGGCAUCAAAGGUUUAGAGGGUCAAAAAGGAGCCCCGGGCGAUAAAGGUGUUAAAGGAAGAAAAGGACAAGGGGGGGACCCUGGUAAAGGUCUUCCUGGACAUGAUGGUCACCAAGGCCUCAGAGGCUUGCCAGGCCAUCCUGCAGAACCAAAGGAUGGAGCGGAGGGACCACGAGGACCUCGUGGCUUUCCUGGGCCUGUGGGUCAAUCUGGCAUGGCUGGUAGUCAAGGGAUACCUGGAGUGUGCGAGGCACGAGACUGCAGCAUUCACGCGCCUGUAUUGCGCAAAGAGAUGGGAUUGGUCAAGAGGCCCCUAACCCACAUCUGACAUCAGGGAGGAUCUGUUACAGUGCCAAACACGGGGCACUCUGGUCAUCUCCAGCACAAUUCAUAAAACCGGCCUGCUGUUAUUUAGAAGACAUCACCUUGUACAGACUGAUAUCAACAAAAACUCUAUUUCUUUUUUACUAGUUUGAUUCGGCGGUUGUUUUAAAUGCUCAGAGACAAAGGCAAAUGAUUGAAUAAUACCAGCACUUUCGAUUUCAUUGUCAAUGAUGUUGUGGAUUA